UUUCGGCAGACGACACUCCGCCGACGCCAGUCUUCCACCGUCGACCUCUUGAUUCUCUUGUCCCUGUUGGAGGUAAACUGAUGGUGCGGCGCAUGCUGCAAAUUAGCUCGGCCAACAUAAGUAAGCCGCAGAACUGCUAGAUUUCCUCCAAAGCGAGCGAAAGCGAAUUACCACACUUCAUCAUACACCAUCAUCAUGUUCGCUGGUUCUUAUGCGCUACACAAGAAGGCAACUUUCCGCUCUUCAAUCGCAGCCUCUCCCGACGUUCGCCGAGGACUUCCUCCAAUGGUCCCAAACCAACAACUCAAGCCCUUUCUCCGCCGCGCCAAAGGGUCCCUCCGUUUUGGCCACCAGCCUCAUUAAGUCCUUCUUCGACCAAGGCCUGGCUACCGAAGCGCGCGACCUGUUCGACGAAAUGCCCGACAGAGACGUCGUUGCCUGGACGGCCAUGGUGACUGGCUACGCCGCCCGCAGCCAGAAUACGCGGGCUUGGGGAGUCUUCUGCGAGAUGUUGAGGAAAGAAAUCGUGCCGAAUGCUUUCACUUUCUCGAGCGUCUUGAAGGUUUGUAAAGGUAUGAAGGAUGUUUCUCGUGGGCGCUCGGUUCAUAGUUUGGUCGUUAAGCGUGGGAUGGAAGGCUUCAUUUACGUGGACAAUGCACUCAUGGAUAUGUAUGCUACUUGUUGUACUAGCAUGAGGGAUGCUUGCAUGGCGUUUCAGCAUAUUAGGGAAAAGAAUGCAGUUUCAUGGACUACAUUGAUUACUGGUUACACCCACCGUGGCAGGGGCCACAGCGCACUCCGAGUUUUCAAGCAGAUGAUACAUGAGGGAGUGGAACUUAACCCUCACAGCUUUUCAAUUGCUGUUAGAGCUUGUGCUUCAACUGGUUCACAGAGCUAUGGCCAGCAAAUGCACGCGGCAGCUAUGAAACAUGGUUUUGAAUCUGACACUCCUGUCAUGAACUCCAUACUAGAUAUGUAUUGUAGGUUUGUUUGCUUGCCUUUGGCAAACCAGUGUUUCACUGAAAUGAGGCAAAAGGACUUGAUUACAUGGAAUACUUUAAUAUCAGGAUAUGAGAAGUUUGAUUCUACUCAGUCCCUCUUGGUAUUCUCCCGAAUGGAAUCGGAAGGUUUUACUCCGAAUUGCUUUACAUUCACCAGUGUGACAGCAGCCUGUGCUAACUUAGCAGUCAUCAGUUGUGGGCAGCAGGUUCAUGGAGGAAUCAUCCGCAGAGGACUUAACAGUAACUUGGCAUUGGUUAAUUCCUUGAUAGACAUGUACGCCAAGUGUGGUAGCAUAACUGAGGCACAUAAAAUUUUCAAUGAAAUGCCUGUCAGGGAUCUGGUGUCAUGGACAUCUAUGAUGAUAGGGUAUGGUGCUCAUGGAUAUGGGGAAGAGGCUGUAGCAUUAUUUGAAGAGAUGGUGAAGGCAGAUGUAAAACCUGAUCAAAUAGUGUUCAUGGCAGUUCUAAGUUCUUGUAGUCAUGCUGGACUAGUCGAUCAGGGGCUGAACUACUUCAACUCUGUGAUGGAUCAUUACAAGAUCAAGCCUAAUCAAGAGAUUUAUGGGUGUGUUGUGGAUUUGCUGGGCAGAGCCGGGAGAGUUGAGGAGGCCUAUGAACUGAUACAGAGUAUGCCAUUUAAGCCUGAUGAAUCUGUUUGGGGUGCACUUCUUAGCGCUUGUAAAACCCAUAGCCUUCCAGGUCUGGCCAAGUUGGCUGCCUUAAGGGUGCUGGAUUUACAACCAAAUGUUGUCAGUACUUAUGUCAUGCUGUCGAACAUUUAUGCAGCUGAAGGCGAAUGGAGGGAGUCUGCAAGGAUGAGGAAAUUGAUGAAGGAGAUCGUGAGCAAGAAAGUGUCGGGGAAGAGUUGCAUUGAAGUAAAGAAUCAAGUAUACAGUUUUGUUGUGGGUGAUACAGUUGGGACUCAUAUGGAGCGAGCAUAUCAAACUCUAGGUUUGCUAUUUCAGCACAUGAAAGAAAUAGAUGAUGAAGAUGAAGUGGACUGCUUAAUACAUGCCAUUGAAAAUGGGGUUUGAAAUGGAGCUGAGAUAGCAUUAUAAGCAAAUUCAUUACCGUGCGGGAAGGGACUAUAACUGCAGAACACGCUGGCGGGAAAUUCACGGUGUUCUUCAGAAGCUCGAGAAAGCAGAUUGUGUUUGAAGAGAAAAAUUUGAGUUUGCUCAGGGAGUAAGUUAAAGGGAAGUGGAGCCACCAUUCGAGCAGCGUCAGCGGGAGAAAGAGGUGAGCUAUUUAGAACUUAAUGGCUUUUCCUGCUCCGUUGCUUGAUUAUCAUUUUGGGGAAUUCUUAAUCCUGGAUAUAAUCAGCUUCUUAGGCUGAGGAAAGUAGAGAACUGACUGAUCCGAGGUAGCAUUUGUUCUUGUUCACACUGUCUCAACGUCUUUGAAUCUCUUCAUAAACAUGCUGAGGUCACAAGAGAAAACUGAAACUAGGCCAAGCUAAGUAGCGAAACGUGAGAGUUCUUCUGUUAGCCAUGCAAAGCCACCAGAGAAAAACUCCACAAAAGUUGGAAAAGGGAAGAAGUUGUCUGAGCAGAAGGCAGACUCAAGUCGGCCCGAGGAAAUGAUGAAGUUCACUGAAGGCAUGCAAGUCGAGGUGACCACUGACGACGAGGGUUUUGAAGGCGCUUGGUUUGCUGCAACAAUUAUUGAAGCUUCGGUUGAAGACAAGCACCUUAUUGAAUACAAAACCCUGACAAAUGAUGAUGAUACCGAGUUUCUCAGGGAAGAUAUUUGUGCUUGCCACAUAAGGCCUUGUCUACCGGAGACCAUUAUUGUGGAUGGAUUCAAGGUGAUGGGUGAAGUGGAUGCUUACUAUAACGAGGGCUGGGGGAUUCGAGUGAUUGCAGAGGUUUUGAUCAACUGCAAGUAUAUGGUUUACUUCAAAGAUACUGAUGAGAAGAUAAUGUUCUCAAUCAGGCUGAUUUGAGGCCACAUCAUCAGGAAUGGUUUAACGGCAAAUAGGUUGUUCCUUCAAAGCUGAAGGCAAAUGGAGGAAGUCUGCAAGGAUGAGGAAAUCAAAUUUGAUGGAGGAAUCGUGAGCAAGAAAGUGUUGGGGAAGAAUUGGAUUGGAGUAAGGAAUCAAGUAUACAGUUUUGUUGUGGGUGAUACAGUUGGGACUCAUAUGGAGCCUGCAUAUCAAACUCUAGGUUUACUAUUUCAGCACAUGAAAGAAAUAGAUGAUGCAGAUGAAGUGGACUGCUUAAUACAUUCCAUUGGAGAUGGAGUUUGAAAUGGAGCUGAGAAAGCAAAUUCAUUACUGUGUUUCGAAAAGGAGGCGACUUAGAUAUUUGUCUGAUCUUUGUUCUUCAUUGAGGUAUCUCUGAUUCUCUCUCCAAACAGAGGAAGUAUCCAGAAUCAUGAGCAAAGACCAUUCCUAAGUUCGAACAUAUUCAUUCGCAACGAAUCGGUAUCAACUAUCAAGCUUCGCUAGUUGAGCAGACAAAAAUGAAGUUUCACUCAAGGAGCUCGUUUCCAGUCUCAUGUUGCAGUACUUGUACAAAAAGUUAUGUAAGCCUCUGUAUUUAUAGGUGCUCUAGUCCAACAUACGAAUCUCGUAGUAGGAUUUACAUGCCAAAUUGGAUUCAGGAGAUAUGGCUACACAGAAGAUCCUCUGGCACCAUCACGUAUUCAAGCGAGCAGCGUAAACAUCAUGAUUCAUGUACAAGUGCACAAAUGCACAAUGAGCAUAAAUGACAGAUUCGAGAAAAAGAUGAUUAUAUACGAAGGCUGAAGCUUUCCGUCACCAAUAAUCCAGGCAUGAGCAUGAGCCCUGCUUGAAGUGAUGGAACCGAUGUCGAUCCCUCACCACGAUUUCGCGAUCAUAAGCUCUAGAGAUUAACUUAGCUGCCAUGUGACAAUCAUUGCAUAUCCGCAAAUUCUUCAUGAUUCUUAUUGGUGUAGGUGCGUCAAUGGUGAGAAGCCCAAAGGCGAUUGCAAUCUUCUCGCUGUGUCUAAACAAUGUGGUUUCUUUAUCUUCUUCGUCAAUGUCAAGCAAAACUUCACGUGUAUCUGGUGCAUAACCUUCCAUCUUUAGUUUCUUAGCCAUAUCAUCCAGCAUUUUCUCGAUAUCUUCGCUCUGAGGGUGUGUCUUAUCACCUGCGAGAAAUUCGUGAAUUGUUCCCUUCACCUCAAUCAUGCUACAACCCGGUGUCUUAAUCACACCGUGUUGCCUCAUCAUCCCUCGAAUCUCAUGCACAUUAUCCCAGCUGCCCUUUGAAGCAUAUAUGUUGGACAAUAAAACAUGAAAGCCAUCAUGCUCCGGUUGAAGAUCUACUAAUUUUCUUCCCACUCUUUCUCCCAUCACAUUGUCCCCGUGUUUUUUACAAGCCCCGAGUAAAGCACCCCAAGUUGAAACAUCAGGAGGCACAGGCAUGUUGGCAAUAAGUUCUUCAGCUUCUGUUAGCUUACCUGCACGUCCAAGAAGAUCAACCAUGCAUCCAUAGUGUUUGAUAGUCGGUUCUAUUCCGUGCUUUCGGGACAUGGCGUCGAAAUGGCGACGCCCUUCCUCUACCAAGCCCAUGUGUCUGCAAGCACCAAGCACAGCUAGAAACGUUAUUUCAUUUGGCACAAUAUUACACUCCUUCAUCUCCGAAAAAGUGGCGAGGGACUCCUUCACGAACCCAUUCAUCGCCAAACCCAGAAUAAGAGCAUUCCAAGUUGAUACCCCCUUUUCUUCCAUGGCUCUGAAAACUUCCAUGGCAUUUGGUACUGAACCGAAUUUCAUGUACAUGUCAAUAAGGGUUGUCCCUAGUAUGACAUUAACUUUCAUUUGCUUCUUCCUAAUAUAUGCAUGAAUCCAUGCACCUUGGUCGAGGGCAGACAAGUGUGUGCAAGCUGAGAUAACACUCACCAGAACGGUUUCAUCAGGCUGAAUCCCUUCAAGCUGCAUAUCCUGGAACAAUGCCAAUGCAUCAGCAAACCGAUCGCGUUGGGCAUAGCCUGAUAUCAGCACACUCCAUGACACAGUGUCCCUCUGCGGCAUCGAAUCAAAUAAGCUCCUAGCCUUCUCCACUUCCCCGCAUCUCAAGUACCCGGAGAUCAUAGAGUUCCACGAUAUAAGGUCCAAGGUGCAGCCAGAGCUGAACAACUUUUCAGCAGCAACUAAUUCUCCACAAAUGGAGUACAUAUGAAUCAAGGCAUUUUGAAGGUUAAUGUAUAACUCAAUCCCAGCUUUGAUAGCCAAAGCAUGGAUCAACUGCCCUGUCAUAGCUACCACUAAAUGAGUACAAGCAGAAAGAACAGUGAUCAGCACAACCUCGUCCACCAGUACUCCAUCAACAACCAUUUCCUUAAACUUCCUCAACGCCUCAUCGUACCUCUCAUUCUGCUCAUAACAAGAUACCAACGCACUCCACGAUACCAAGUCUCUCUCAGGCAUUUCAUCGAACACCUUAGCAGCCUCUUCCAAAUGCCCACUCCUCCCAAGCAACACAAUCAUAGAAUUCGAAGCGAUUACGUUCCUCUCAGGCAUCCUUUCAUACAACCACUUCGCCUCAUCCACGUUAUCUGCCGAUACAUACCCUGCCAACAUCGAAUUCCAGGAUACCGAGUCCAAGGCACAACUUUCAUCGAACACUUUGCGUGCAUCACCCAAACACCCACAAACCGCAUACAUAUUAAUCAACGUAUUCCCCACAUAAACAUCAGAAUCAAAACCCACCUUAAUCACUUGGCCAUGAAUCAAUCUCCCUUCAACCUCCGCUAGCCUCUGUGAACAAGACUGCAGGAGAAUCGGAUACGUGUAAGUAUCGGCCGCGACAUCACCGUCCCGCAUCAAUGUGUAAACAAGCAGAGCCUGCUCCGGACGAUUUCUCCGUACAUGAGCCCUCAUCAUGGUGUUACAGAUGAACCCGUUGGGGCCCCGAACGUGAGUGAAGAUGCGGUGGGAGUGGGCGAUGGGAACGAAGAGCGAGUCAGUGGAGAAUUUCAGCAGCCUGCUAGCAGCGAAAGUGUCGCCCAGGAAGCCAGUGAUGACCAUUUGGGAAAGGAUUUGAUCGAAGUGACUCGAGUUUCGGCAUUGCUGCAGAAGGGUCUCUAAGGUUGCGAGAGUUACGGUUGGCUUUCCCGUCGAUGCUCUUCUGAUUGAUGCGGAGAGAUGAUGGCCGAGUUUGGUCAAAUUCAUAGAAAGAAGAAGAAGUCUGCAACUUUACGAGCUGGGGUCGCAAGUAAGUAUUGUUCCUCGAUUGAUUCCGA